UGUUGGCUCAUAAAUAAAAAAGCUCUUGUUUUCUGAGAGCAGCAGAAAUGAGAUCUGUAACGUAAGCUGGGGUGUUUGUUUACUUCACAGCUAUCCUCUGUGUCCAGCGGCUGAUUGGAGCGACCUCUACUAGAGGUGGCUUCUUCGUUGUCAUGGUAGCAGCAUGUUUGGCUUCCUGGGUGACAGGCAUGGUGUUCGGGUGUGUCCCUGUCGUCUACAAAUGGAUCAGGUAUGAUUCUGCAGAGAUGCUGUGCACCGUCUUCUGGGAGAGCAGCUACUCAGACAUGUUGGUCUACAUCCUAUCUGCUUUGUCCAUCUGCAUCUUCCUUCCCUUUGUCCUCAUCUGUGUCUGCUCUGCUCUGAGUGCUGGCAGCUUCUGCUCCAGCUACAGUGAAGAAGAAGCAGAUCUGUCUGAGGUGGCUCCUCUGUUAGCAGCUUCAUAUAUGGUCUGCUAUGCCCCCUUCUUUGUGUCCGAGCUGAUCCUGCUGGGAAGACUGGACCUGAUACCAGCCCCUGACUGGUUAAGGACACUGUCCUCAGUGAUGGCCUAUCUGAACUGUGGUCUAAACCCUUUCAUCUACUGCUUCAAUCAUAACUUCCGGGAAGUGGGCCUGGCUCUUCUGUGGACCAAGAGGAGACCAGUAUCAGAACCUGUUCUCACUGCUAUCACCAAAAUGGGGGCAUAGACAUUGUCAAGUUCAUAUAAUGUCCUGUUUAAAAAAAAUAAAGAAAAAAAAUAGAUAUAACAUUAUAAUUCCCUUC